AUGGAAUAUACGAUAACCACAGCUCCGUGGAAUGUUAUCAAAGGCACCACCACCUUCGGUCAGUCACUGAGCGAGUGGCCCCCACUGACCCUUACCUUCAGAAAGCUGAUGCAGCAUCGGGAUCGACCUACAGCUCUGUUGGGAGGAGUUACAGGGUCUACGAUAGGUGUCGUUCGGAAUCUGCCCGCUCUACCAGCCGCAUUUACCACCGCCAUCAACACGGGCAUGUUCUCGUUCUCCUUCUUUAGUCAGUUCCGCGAACGCAUAAGGGACCCCAUUACUCGUGCGACGGUCUCAUUUGGACAUCCUCUACUUGCUCCCACAGCUCUACGGGAAUAUGCCAUCAUUCCAAUCUUGACCGUGAACCAACUGCACCCUGACCCACUCGACCCAGACGCCUCCGCGUCGUGGAAUCCUCACUUCUACAACCUUCUACCCACCUCACUCGCUGGCUUCACGGCCGGUUCCUUCUUCUCUUACGUGAUGAGGGCUACGAGUCGAGCUUCCGUCCGGGCUGGAGUCACGCUGAGUUUGGGAUGUACGACUCUCCAGUCCGUGUUCAACGAGGUCGAAUUGUUGAGGAUCAGAGCGGUCCUCAGAUCAGAGCUGAGAGAGAGGGCCCGACUAGUCGACGAGGAGAUGGCUUCAGUAUUGUCCGAGCGACGAUCGACCCCAGCCCUUACAACAUCACCAGCCGUGCCCGCGACACCCGCGACACCCUCGUCAACGACAACGGCUUCAGUCCACCAAACAUCACCCGACAGGAACGACUAUUACGCGCAGUACCCCAACUCUUCGACCGCUCGGGACCCCAAGACGGAAACCUUUGCCGCGCGAUCCGAUCGCCUGUUCAGUUCGGCCUGGACAUCCUUCCAAACGACUUUGGCCCGAUGGAGCCCGGUCAAGAAACUGGAUCAGGAGGAAUACGAGAGACUGUUGAUGGUCAAACUACAACAGCUUCCGCCGGAUACGGGGCGCGACGAUGACGUCAGGAGGGAGCGACAACUCUUGGAAGAAAAGAUAGCGCGAGCUCGGGAGAGGAGGUGA